GGAGACCAGUCGUUCUGCUGGAGCUGCUCCUUCAGGGAACUUCUCCACUGGGACCGGCAAAUAUUACAGAUUUCUAUUUACACUGAUCGGACGCAGCCAAUCAGCGGCUUGAAAACACAUGACGUCAGAUUGAGGGACUUAAAUAAAGCGCGUGUUGAGAUACGUCGGAUAACCGCAGAAGGGCGGAGUCGACAGCAUCGACUGGAGCUGCUCUACCACACUCACCGGGAGUGCCCCUGAUAAAUAAAACAAGUGCACCGUGAGUUCAAACGCUUCCCAUCCGGAGCCAAUCAGCGAUCGUGUAGUGGACUGUGUCUGCGCAGUCGACCAAUGAGCGUCGCGCUGCUCUUUGUUGUUGGUGAUGACAGCAGAACGUUGUUGAUGCUGAGACUCAGAGACUGAAGCUCCGGAGCCCCCCCCGGUCUGUGUCCCGGUCAGUGUCCCGCUACCCGCGCACAUCAUGUCCGUGAACAUGGACGAGCUGCGCCACCAGGUGAUGAUCAACCAGUUCGUCCUGACGGCGGGUUGCGCCGCGGACCAGGCGAAGCAGCUGCUCCAGGCGGCCCACUGGCAGUUCGAGACGGCCUUAAGCUCCUUCUUCCAGGAGGCCCACAUCCCCACUCACCACCACCAGAUGAUGUGUACGCCCAGGAACACUCCGGCCACGCCCCCGAACUUCCCCGACGCCAUCACCAUGUUCUCCAAACUGCGAGCGUCUGAGUGUGGCCCCAGCGGCCCCAGCGGCCCCUCCCAGGCGUCCAUGGCCUGCUCCCCCCCGGCCCCCUCCUCCACGUCGGGGUUCGGCUCCUUCUGGGCCUCGUCCCCCCCCGGCCACCAGCCGGCCUGGCUGCCGCCCUCCUCGCCCACCGGCCACCACAUGCACCACCACCACUACCACAUGCAACAGACUCCCAUGUGGCCCCCGGUGUCCCAGCCCAGCGGCUCCCAGCAGCCCCCUGUCGUACCGGCACUCCACAGUCAGAGAUGAGGGGGGGGGGGGGGGGUUGCAGGACAAGAGAUUCUGUCUGGGGACCAGAGGUGGGGGUGGGGGGGGGGGGGGUUUCAUGUGUGAAGAAGACGAAGAUCCUGCUUCUUCUUCUCCUGAGGAAACUGAAGACAAACAGUUUGUCUCGUCUGCGUCUUCAUCGUGUCCACGUUGACCUCGUGUCCCCGACCUCGUGUCCCCGACCUCGUGUCCACGUUGACCUCGUGUCCCUGUGGACGAAGCAGCAGUGAGACACCGUGAUGAUGGACGAUUUUGGUAAAAGGACAAAACGAGCAAUAAUUUGAUGAUGUGUAAAAUGCCAGGUUUCCGGUGAAGCUCUUUCCUGCUGGUGAGCGAGCGGCAGCUGGUUCCUCAUCCUCGAGCUUCAGAGGACGUCCCCAGACAGGACACACGUCCACCUGCUGAGAGACCAUUGAGCCGUGGACGGGGGUUCACCGUGUUUCUGUGUGCGGCGAUUCGAGGCCGACUCAGUGAUUUUCCACACAACCUUUUCAGACGCUCAACCACUCCUACCUCUGUCUGAAUGGGAGACGCCCCCCUCGCUCUGAAUGUCUUCACAGCCGGGAUCACAGGGUGGAGACGAGCUGGACUGAAGACGGACGCUCGGAGGACAUCCGUCUCCUCAGACCUGAACGAUCUGAUCCACAAACCAACCGGAGACUCUUCUGUUCCCUUUCUCUCUUUUAUAAUUAACAUAAAACAUUUAAAAAAUCACCUGUAGAUUAGUGUCGAGGUUUAAUUGUGACAAAACGUCCCCUGAUGUCAAAGUCAAACGAGUUCUUGUGGAGUUGGGGAUUCAGAUCCAGGAGGUUUUGUUUUUCACACUUUCAGAGACAAUCAAGCUUCUCCUGUGUCUCUCUUGUUUUGAUUGUUGGUUCCAGCUCGUCUCUCUGGUUGAGCUGCGACUUGUUGAGCUCCAGCUCAGGAUGAGAUCAUAUUUCAACCUGUGACGCAGAAAUGAUCCAAACUUACUUUAACGGAAAAAUCUGCCCCGUAGAAAAGCAGCUGUGACGGGUUUGACUUUUCUGGGUUCAUUUAGUUUUCUCCAGGUUUGUUUUUACAGAUUAACGUUAAAGAGCCGAGGAGACGACCUGCUGAAGCUCCUCCUCUUUGGGAUUCACUGUACGUGGUUUAUUCAUCGAUUCAUCUUCUUUGUAAAACCUCAGAGAAAUAGUGUUGAGAACAGAUUUCUUCAGUUUACUCAGUUCAGACGUAAAUAUCGAAUGUUGGCUUGAAAUGUGAUGAAGGGAUUAAUCCAGAUUACUGCAGCAGAUCUGAUAAACGAUGCAGACUCACAGAUCACAUGAGGAUACUGAACUGAAGGAGAAACGACACGUUAUGAUCCAGAUGUCUUCUCACGGCUGCGAGCUGAGGACAGACGUGUCCUGACGUGUCCAGGUCUGUGUGGACGUCCUCUCAGCUGGAGGCCGGACACAGUUUGUGUCUCAAACAUCCGGAGGAUUUUACAAAUGAACUUUAAGACACUUUUUCUCCGUUCAGGAUUUUGUUCUUGUCACUUGGAUGAUAUUUCAGAAGCUCACUCUGUUGUGAUCCAUGACUCUUUUAUAGAGAUUUCUCUCCAGUUCAUUUCUUCUGCUGAGAUUUGUAUUUAUAUGUUUAAUAAAACAAGGUAUGAUCUA